GGCCUUUGAACACACCUCAUAUCUCUUACUAUCUGUAACAAAUUAUCUCAGGUCACACUAACGUGAGUUUAAAGAUUGAUUUAUAUUAUCUUUUAGCAUAACAGUGCGCAGGUUUCUACAAAGUGGGGUACCUUCAAAGAUUCAGUAUAUAAAGAUAAAAGAAAUACAAAGAUUGAUAACAAAAUUUAUGUGAUGCAUUGGAUUAUGACGCGGAAACAGCCACUACAUAAAAGUGUCUAGCAUUUAAAUCACUAUAACGGUAACAGUUUGAUAAAUAAUUUGGAUGGCGGAUGCUAGCAAAGAGUGUGUUAUGCAGGAAGUAAAGAAAUACUGGCAAGACGGAAAGAAUCUAGGACAAUGCAUGUUGGAAAUGUUUCAACAGGGUCUCUGGACAGACGUCGUAUUUCAAUGUAUGGACAAUGAUAAAGGGGAGGGAGUGAUUAAAGCACACAAAAAUGUGCUUGCAUCUAGAAGUUCCGUAUUUCAGGCGAUGUUCUUCGGUCCCUGUGCUGGCACAACAAAUGUAGUAGAACUUAAAGAUCAACAGAAGGAAAUAAUCCAUUUAUUCCUUGUGUACAUAUACAGUGACUCGAUUACGUUAACAGAAGGUACUGCUUUUGCAAUUUUGGAAAUGGCUCAUUAUUUCCAGGUCACAAAUCUUGUUCAGUUAUGUUCAGAGUUUUUAAAAACUGUAUUAACAUCAAGUAAUGUAUGUGAAACUCUGACAAUAGCAAUGUUUUACAACCUUGAUGGCCUGAGAGACGCAUGUUGUUCCUUUAUUGAUAGUCACGCACAAGACGUAAUACAGACGGAAAGUUUCAUGAACAUAUCUGAAGAUUGUCUUUUAUAUAUUCUUAAAGGGGAUACACUUUAUGUUGAGGAGGCAUACAUUUUAGAAGCAGUGGAAAGCUGGGCACGCAAACAAUUGGGAGAGAAAGAUGUGGCAGUGAGCGGUACAGAUAUACGUAAACGUAUCGGAGAAUCGUUUUACUUUUUAAGACUGCCCACAAUGUCUUCUCAAACGUUGCGCGAGUCAGUAAGCAGAAAGGGAUAUUUUUCUGAUGAAGAAUAUGCAAAUAUUGCGGCAUAUGCUUAUAAAGCCGCAAAUAUACACGUUACUACUAACUCAUGCAUAGCAAGGGCGCCAGAACUUGAAACAGUGUAUGUAAAUAACCAAGAUGGAGAAAGAAAAUACUCCAAAUAUCUUCAUACUUCCUUCGAAAUUACUAUGCUUAAGAGCGCCUUCUUGUCUCGUCUUGUCCUUGAUGAAAUCAAUCCGUAUUUGGUAAACACGCAAGAUAUCUAUACCGAUGCAGGCAAUGAAACACAUUUUGUUGGAGAAAUCCGUCACGGCGAUUCGCAGCCCGAGAAAAUGAAGUACAAUAUCUUUCGGUCGCAAGUCGUGAACAUUUCUACCCUCGAUCGUCCAUUAUAUCGGAAUUACUACGUUAGAGAGAUGUAUAAAAUAGAUCGGUUCAAACUUCCGGUGAAUUUAUGUCUUUUUCUUUCGGGAAGUAUCAGUGUCAAUGACAUAGGCGGUGAAGAGGAAUUCAAAGUGCAGCAAUUUAAUGCAACAGAUACUGAAGUAAAUCUAACAAAACCUUUACUGUUAGAGAAAAGGAGCGUUCCGUAUAUUGUUAAUAUCAACAUCAGAUACAGCUGUAGCAGUGAAUUAGAACUUGAAGCCAGAUGCAGUACAAACAAGGAACUUGUUACUAGUGACACAGGAAUGAUUCGCAUUCAAUGUGUAUCUACAUAUGAUACAGGAAUCAAAGGUAUCGGGUUUAAACACGUCUCCAGCCGUGAUAAAUCAAAUCAUCAACCCGUACCUGAAACGGAAGAAGAGAAUGUAAUAUAGAUGAUACAUGCAAAAAAACUAAUCAGCUAAGAAAGUCCUCGACUUGCUAACAAUUAUACAUUAUAUCAAUGAGGAGUUUGUACAUAGACUUAUUUAAUAUUUUUCUGUUUCAUUUUAAUAUUUGAUAUGUACAUAAUGCAGAUGUGUAUAAUGUAAAAUGUAUUUACUUUUAUGAUAUUAAUUUUGUUGACUUCAAAUUCGAUCAGUUUCUCGUUUAUCAGUACUGACAUACUUUGAUGUAAAAUAUGCUCAAGGUCAAUUUCAUCAUUUGAACAAUGCCAAUAUUGUGCUCCAGGAAGUUUAAAGACUUAAAGACUACGCUUUCCUCUUUUGAUUACAUCUGACGGACCAAGUGGGAGACUCUAUGAUGGACAGUUCUUAAAGCCCUUUGGGGACUGAAUUGUCUUAAUGUUCGUCUUCUGCCUUGCUUCGUCGGGCCCUUGUAGGUGAUUUUCUUGUUGCUCUGCCUUCCUUUAAGGCAUCUAGUACUUUGGUAAUGGUCAUUAGGCAGUAACUUUUUCUACAUAUUUACAUAAUUUUGUAUGCGUUUUAUUUAUUUCGUCUAAUGUAACCAUGACCAUUGUUAGAAUUUCACUUGGCGGGGAUUAAUUUUAUAUACAUUUUCGUGUCAUUCAGGAACAUAUUGGGGCUAAGAGUGAGGUUUGGCGCGCCUAAAACCGGUUUAAACUCCCCAGUGGUUUAACUACCACUGACCGUUCCAAGGCGGUACCCCUUUGGUUUGUACAGAAUUUAUUUUAGUUCGAUUGUGUAGGAAGCUAUUAGCUUAUAAACACACUUUCGAAUCCGUUCCUGGAACCAACCAGUACUGAGCAAUGAGUGUAAAGUUUCUUGCUCAAGGAAACAGCGACUUGCCCCUGUCAGGGUUUGAACCCAUGCGGCUAGCGAUCAUAAGAUUACU